AGAAAGAGAGACUUUCAAAACUGAAGAGAAGACUUCCAGGGGAGAGAGAAUAUAGAGAGAGAAAGAGAAGGUGAAUGGUCAAACAUCACCGGUGGCGCCGGUCCAUGGUUGAUAUACCCAUCUCUCCCUCUCUCUCUCAUCUCUUUCUCCGCCACUCUUUCUUGUGCGGGUCUCUCUCUCUCCUCUUGCUUCUUAGUUGUUGAAGGACCUUGUGUGUGAGCUCCGAAUCUCUGUAUUGGUUUGGUCACAAAUAUUGAAUUAAUUUGAACAAUCAUCCUUCUUUGCCAUUUCUGGUUUCUUCCAAGCUCCGUGCCGAGAAAUGGCUGACCGUGCACAUGUACCCAAGUUUGGCAAUUGGGAAAGUGAAGAAAAUGUACCUUACACGGUCUACUUUGAAAAGGCACGAAAGGGUAAGGGUAGAACAGGUGGGAAGAUGAUAAAUCCAAAUGACCCCCAAGAGAAUCCAGAUAUGUUUCCCGAUGUAGCACCUCCAGCUCAAGCUCAAGCUCAAGCUCCUCCCUCGAGAACCAGAACUGCACCGGAGGAACCAAUAGGACAGGUAGCAGUUAGGCCAACACAUGAGCGUCGAGUGAGCAGGGAAGAUGUUGACGCUAUGAAUUCUACUGACUCUCUGGCGCGUAAUGGCAAUACACCCCGCAAAACUGCUAAUGAUCAUCAACGUCAUGGAGGCCGUGGAGCGGGUUCUGGUCGACCUGCAAGGCAAAGUGCUGGAUCUGAACACAGCAUUGAGCGGUCACCACUCCAUCCACAUUACCAGGCGAGGAUUGUUGGGAAAAGUAGUGGUUCUCCCUCCAGGGAAGGAAGGAACUCAUACGAUGGUAGCCAUGGUACUCCUGGGAGGUCCCGAUUGAAACCAGUUACACAAGGAGAUGAAAGUCCUGAUAGAGGUGCUGCAGUUCCAAGAUUCGGUGAGUGGGAUGAGAAGAAUCCUUCAUCAGCGGAUAACUACACUCACAUUUUCAACAGAGUGCGAGAGGAAAGACACACAGGGCCUGGAAAGUCACCGGGAAGGGAUUCUGAGCAUUCUUACAACAACAUUCGGAAGCAAAAUCAGAAUGAUAAUGCUAAGAUAUGCUGCUUUCCAUGGGGUAGAAAAUGAGAGACUUUCACUUUGUGCUAUGUAAAAGGUUUGUGGGACCUGUAAAUAGCUUUAAAGGCUCUAUCUAUCUGUCUAUGCAGAGCUAACCUCUUAAACAUUAUGCAUUCUUUCUCUGUGUUCGUGUGCUUUUUUUUGUGACAAUAAAUAAUAUAAGGUUUUGAUGGGUAAAA